AUUUGAACAUACAAGUAUCUGCAAUUUCAUUUGGAUCUUCUUUUGGGCCUCGUCUGGCUCGUGGAGUGUGUGUACCACGUUUGACUUAAACCAUCAUUUGCUAAGCCCAAGUGUUUUUUGCUUUACCGUGAUCUGCAACAACAAAUAACGUACGCGGUAGCAGGAUAGCACAGUGUCGACCGACGAUGGAAAGCUCACCCACUUCGAUCGCAGAACCAUGUAACCUCAUGGGCACAUGGACCAGUUACGCCACUUCUCCCACUGACUCGCAUUCAAACACUCAAGCCUCCCCUAACAACCAGCGAGAUUUCCACAAUCCAUCCACCGAAUCGAAUCCUGGGGAUACAACAAUGUCUGGCUAUGUCCAAACCCAUGGUCACGAAAUGAACAGUGGGGCUGGAAGCUUCAUGUCUCAAGAGACCCCAGUCCUUCAGCCUCCUCUGGACUACGCACGGGCUCGCUUGCCACCACGACGACGGCGGGUAUACAAUCAACUUUCAGUACAGCAGGAAAGAGUAUUUCUCAACCAGGCGCUUGACGGUGCCCACGCUACAUAUUACGCUCCCGCAACUGCUAUGGGCCCGCCAUCAAAUCGCAUGGGUACUCAAAUGAACGGCCUUCAAGCGGGAGGCGUAAUGGCAUUGCAAGAUCCGAACCCAACUCCAAUGGAGCCUAGGACAAGCCACCAGGGACCUGUCGCACAGCCUCACUAUUCGCCCUUGGCAUCUAGAACUCUGCCGCAGACCCAAGGAUUUGUGUCGAAUGGAUCCGUGCAUGGACCAAGCCAGCCACAACUGCAACAGCCGCAGACCAUUGCUCGCAUGCCAUAUCCAGUAUCUGUCGCAUUGCCCAGGAGUAGUGUGCCAACCACGGCUGUCCCAAUGACGGUACCAACAUGGACACCCCAGUAUGCGGCAGCUGUGAGGCCACUGCAGCCGCAGCCGCAGCCGCAGCAGCAACAGCAACAGCAACAACGGCACGAUGAAUGGCCACCAUGGGAGCCUUCGCCAAGACCUGUUGCAGCUCUUCCGGCACGGACACCUCAACUGACGGCUUAUGGCAGACUACCGCCAGGAAUGGUGAAUGGAGCCGUAGCGAUGCACCCUCCACCCAAUCCUCAGGCCCGGGCAAGCGAGUUCCGGCGUUCUCAACUGAUGCAUAUGAUGCAGCGAUCACCACCCAAUCCAGUGGAUGCUCGAGCUAUGCAGGAAUAUGCCCACAGCUUGAGCCGGAACCAACGCCUGCGUCAACCUCAGGGAGCCAGUACCAAUCCUCCUUUGCAGCCGGAGAAGAGUCUAGACAACCAGAAAAACGGCCGCCCGGACCCGAAGGAGUCGGAAGAACUGAGCGUCAACCUAGAGUGCAAAGUCUGUUUCACGCAAUUGGUCGACACCGUCCUGUUGCCAUGCGGCCACGCGGUGCUCUGCCGGUGGUGUGCAGACACCCAUCUGCCGAGUUGUCGGAAUGACCCGACGCGCCUGGAGGGGGAUCCGAGCUGUCCGAUUUGUCGUGGGCCGGUGAGACACAAGGGCAGGAUUUACUUUUCGUGAUUGUUGUGUGGUUGGGUAACGCCACUGCCUUGUUUUUUCCCCUGUCGUGUUGUUGCUACAUUUGGAUAACGACGUUCGGUACUGGUGAAAGAAUGAGAUGUCAUGUCGCUGCACCAACACCAGAUAUUAGAGUCGUGAGGUAAGAAAGUACAGUACAGUACAGUAAUUGACCUACAUAUUUUCUGUGUCAAUGCUUUUGGGGACUUCCUUUUGUCGC